AUGUCCCUUGUCCUUUGUCAUCUUGUCUUGGCUGAUGUCGACGGGGCUAUCAAUCGCCUCCAAAACUCACUGCCGGGGAAGAUCCAGACUGAAGGUAUCCCGCCGCCAUACAACCCUCGUUUUAAUGCAGCUAAUGGUUACAGUCCAGCUGCUAUGGUUUACGUGUCAUCAGCUGAGGAUAUCAUCGCUGCCUUGGAGAUCUGUCAUGACGAAGAUGCCCCCGUAGCCUUGAGGAGUGACAGCGGCCAUUCUUUCAUUGGUCAGUCUACAGUUGACGGCGGUAUUGUCAUCAAUUUCAUGAAGCUGAGAGACUGGCAAAUCACUAUGGAAGGGGACCGGUAUAUCGCCAAACUUGGCUCUGGCUUGAAUCUACUAGAGAUCUACUCUAGGCUAGCUCGACAUCACCCACCCCUUGGGAUCGCUGCUGGUUUGCGUCCAUCUGUUGGUUUAGCUGGUUUGGCCUCGGGCGGUGGGUACGGCACCAGCUCGGCGAAAUACGGUGCCACCGUUGAUAGAAUAGUCGCUGCUGAAGUGGUCGUCUAUAAUCGAGAUGGAAAACGGUUCGAGUUGGUUACCGCUACCGGUUACAACGAGCAUUCUGACCUCCUUUUUGCUGUACGCGGCGGUAUGGGCGGCAACUACGGUGCACUAGUUUCCAUCAGUUACGAUGCGUUUCCUGUCGCGAACGUGGUUAGUAUGGUUGCAUUUGAGCCUCUGGUUGACCUUCCGGUACAAGCUCAAAGUAUCAAAGCUUUUCAGGAGUUCAUGCACUCCGAUGCUGCCGGACCCCAAAUUUACAGUAUCUUGAGGCUUCUCGGUUCAAGCGGCGCUGAAUAUAAUGUCCAGUGCAUUUGCGACGCUGACUGUGUGACUUGCCACGCCAAAUUGGAUACAAUGCAAGCUGCCGUCGGGAUCAUUGAUCCUCUACGUAUUGAACAAGACUUCGGGAAAUCUAUGUGGUUCUGGGCUGGGUGUACAUCUGACUCGGUUUCCGAUAUCUACCCUUCUGAUGGUAUUGGUAGCUUCAGCGAGGAAGAGCUACAGGAGGCCAUGACGUCUUGUCUGAUAGCACAUGCCGCUAUUUUUUCAAUCCCGUACAAGCCCAAGUGUAUGUUCUUCCCCCGCACCAUGUCCAUAGGGUUGUUGGAGUCCGUCGUGGAAGCCCUGGCUCAACCUCCUUGUGAUAGUCCCACCGACUGCGUGGUUCUGAUACAUUUUCAAGGCCAAGCCUUGUCGGAGGAGCCUAAGAAUUGCGACUUGAGUCAUGGCAAGUGCACUGCCUAUGAUCACCGGAGCCCUGGCUGGCUUUUUGAGAUCGUCACGAGCUGGGGGAGAGAUGAAACCGCCCCCUCUGCCAAGCUCGAGUGGAUGCAGAACCUCUAUGAUGCGGUUUUCCCUGCCUCUCUCGGUACCUCCUAUCAGAACUGCGUAGACUUGGACUUGGCUGAGGGUCGUAAGUGGAUUGACCAGUUCUUCCCCAACGCGGACACCUACCGAAGACUCCAGCAAGUCAAGUGUCGCUAUAAUGCGGUUGAUAUGUUCAACUUCCCCGCGAUCGAUCUGAUGACGAUUGACAUUGAUGGCAGCAUAUGCGAAGCAGGAAUUACCACUACGUCAACGACAACCAAUGCAUACAGUACUGCCACUAGAACUACAACUCCUGGAUCCAUCUCGACGAGCACGAGUACUACUUCUGAAAAGUCUAGAGACUGCCGAGAGGCCGAUCGGAAGUGUUCCGAGGGUUACCCAGGCUCCUUUUGUAUGACGUAUAAGCUUCCGAACAUCUGUCGAGGAAGUAACGUACCAUGCAGCUGUACUCCCGGACAUAUUCCGUCAUCUACAACAACUCGAAGUGUCGAUGAACAUGACUGUUCUGAGGAGGACCUCCGCUGCGCUACUCUCAAGCAAGGCUCCUAUUGUAUGUACUGGAAGAAACCUUCUCGUUGUAAGGGUACGAGUGAGUCAUGCGACUGCUAGGGGGAAUGCUUGGUUGAGACAUUAUUUGUAACUCAAGUUCGCAUCGAACUG